CCCCCCGUGGGAGGCCGGCACCGACAGCCAGGACCUCGACUCCAUCACCUUCUUUGCCUUCUCCCUCAUCGAUGGCUACAUCUCCAUUGUGAUGGAUGCCGAAACCCAGAAGCGGUUCCCCAGUGACCUGCUGCUGACCAGCUCGACAGGGGAGCUGUGGCGGAUGGUGCGGAUCGGGGGGCAGCCCCUUGGCUUCGAUGAGUGUGGCAUCGUGGCGCAGAUCGCAGAGCCGCUGGCCGCCGCCGACAUCUCUGCAUACUACAUCAGCACCUUCAACUUUGAUCACGCCUUGGUGAGCCCCUGACCCCCGUCCCCGGGGACCCACCUCCCUGGGGGUGUCCCCAUGGGGCUUACAUCCCAUUUCCCCCCUGGCAGGUCCCUGAGGAGGGCAUCGCCGAGGUCAUCCAGCU